CACUACCCUGGACUCUGGAGCGACAGUUGACAUUUUUAUUGUUGUUGGGUUUGGUUCCUGAAUAUUGACUGAAAACAGUGAAAAGUGAUGACAGUUUGGUCCAAAAACACUCGCGUUGAACACUUCCUGUUGUUGUCUUUAAUAGAGCUUCUACGGUGGCUAUUAGACAAUCUCGCCAGCAGUCGGAGAUUGUAUAGCGUAAAAGGACAUGUAGUCUAAGUAGCAGGCAAGGUUCAUUCUGUAUCGCGAAGUCAUGCGGCGUCACAGCCGCGAAUUUCAUUUGAGUCCCAAUGCCAGAAACGAUGAGGCGCACGAACACCUCACCCAUGCUGGCCUGCAGCGUAAAGUGUCAUUCUAUGCUCAGUUGGCAGGCUUACUGAUCUCGAUGUACUUGGCUAUGAAGUAUUUUCAUCCCUUCAAUUUGCUGUUCAAUGAUUGCCGCUACUACCGCUUCUUCCACAUGGAGUGGUGCACGGUGUUCGACUUUGUGCUGGAUGUUUUGGUGUGCAUCGCUUUUAUGAUGACAUUUAUCGUACGCAAGACUCUGAUAUACCAUGUUUUGAGGCGGCGCUUGAGAUCAGGCUGGGCGGACGCCAAGGGCAGAUACAGACUCAAACUGGUUAUGUUUGGUAUUGCCAUGCUCCUGCUGUAUGGCUACUACUUUAUGAAUGUGGCGAGGACGCACAUGCAUAGAGCCGACAAGCAGCCGUGUCACACAAGAAUUGAGAAACUUCGAGGGCUUGUUGAUUUGGGAGAGCGGAUAUCCGCCGCAUUCUUCGAUUUGGGCAUCAAUGUAUUCUUGGACUACGGCUCCUUGCUCGGAGCCAUGAGAUACAACGGACCGUUACCGUGGGAUCGUGACAUCGAUGUUGGCAUCCUCUUGAACCAAAUGGAGGACAAAGGUGUACGGAUUGACAUGGUGCUACUCUCCUUUUCACAGCACGGACUGACCGAAUUCUACUAUGAUUAUUGGGGCGGGUUUUUCCGUGCAGAUGGAGACUAUGCGGCAGCCGCGGACGUGAUGUUGUGGAAAGACUACUUUGAUACCGGCUACUUGAAGCGCUGUGGCUGGGAAGCCUUUGUGGCACCUGUGGCGUAUUCGUUGUUCCAUAACUUUCCGAAGAAAAUGGUCGAACCGCCCUUUGGAUUGCCAGAAGUGAGAUUUGGCAACGGGACUUUCAAUACUCCGCACGAUCCGCUGGAGUUUCUAAAGUUUCGCUACUUAGAGAAUUGGUACACAGAAAUCCGUCCUCAUGGCUGUGAUGAUGAAACCUACCUACACUGGGACGGCGAAAAACCACCUUAUCUUCCGUUCAAGGAACCUGAGUAUAUACGGACUGCGCUUGCAGCAGAGGCUGAAGCGAAGGAGAAGGCUCUUGCAGCCGAAAAUUUUCGCCACGGAGUGGCUCGGCUUGACUGGUACUUUAUGGAUUGAAAGCGACACACCGUCUACGCAGAGGCCGAGGAAUCGUCUGGUGCAUAAAAUGUAGGAGAUGGAGUGAGUUUUCACAACUUCAACAACAGAAUGAACCUUUGUCCGACGUCCUCGAGCGUAUUUCAUGGGCACCUUGAAGACUAAGCACUGGAUUCUACCCGUGCGACAGAGACCUUUGGCCCUAUCAAUAUCUGUAGAAGGAGCUUCGUCUCCAAAUGUCGUGAGUGUACUUUAGGGACUCACACAUCGCGUACAAUUCCUCACAUAUCAUUCUACACACUCAGAAGUGAUGCUGUGCAGCAUAGCGCUGGCAAAUUUCAUCCGCUUAAUCGCCUAGCGCUUUUACAAAGAACCGGACGAUCUUAUAUGCUGGUAGAUAAGGACAUUCAUGUAGUAUGCUUCCGUUUAGGACAACGCAAUUUAGUAAUAAAAACCCAACGCUUUAGGUGAACUGACAUCGCAAACCUCGAGUAUCAUCAACUUUACUCGCGUUCCCACUCCCACAUAGGUACGCAGAAGAGAGAGCAG